AUGGCCAGAAAUGGGUCUCACUCCGUUUCUAGGCAUCUCAGGCCAGUCAUCAACCCCCUUCUCUUCCGUGUUCCCGCCUGUGUCUGUUCUGUCCGUCUGCCCCGCUUACCUUCUCAGGACGCCUUCUUGAGAAGCAGGAGCGCCCUGAAGGGAACACGGCCCCUUGUGCUGUUAGCAUUGUUUACAGCCCAGGAAGCCACACUGGUGUGCACGCUCCUUAGGACACAAGGUGCAGAUUAUGACUCAGCCCUGGGUUUCUUGAAGAGCCUCUGGAAUUCUUCUCCCAUGGGGUGCAUGGGACCCAAUUGUCAGCACAGAAAGGGAGGAUGGGAAGAGGAGAGGCGCCCCUGCUUCCCACCAGCCUUCUGCACAGACGGGGCCACCUCGGGCUGCUGA